AUGGUCAAAGGAGCCUCUGUGGUUGGGAGCGGAAAAGGCGGCGGGAAGAAGGGCGGCGGGAAGAAAGGCGGAGGCAAGAAGGGCGCUGUCAAGAAGGGCGCAACCAAGAAAGGCGCAGCCAAGAAAAGCUCAGUCAAGAAGGGUGUCGGGGAAAAGGGCGGCAGCAAGAAGGGCGGCAGCGCGAACCUCUCCUCGUGGAGGGUCAACCACGAACCCAGACAGACGCGCUCCCGAGCGAACGGGCCGGGCGCCCAGCCGCUCGUUGCGCUGGACCUGGUCACCGGGGCGCAAACGGGUGAACAAUACCGCGGCGACGCCGCCAAGGUCGCCGGGCGUGCAAGGACCUGCUCCAGCGCCGGUUAUCUCAGCGCCGAUUAUCCCAGCGCCGGCCCCUCCUGCGCCUCCUCCAGCUAUUCAACUGCUGCCGCCGCCUCCUCCGCCUCCCCCGGCACCACAGCCGCCGGCGCCACCAGUUCCGCCGCCGACUGUCACACCCGUUGCUGGGCCGGCCACUGCUGGCCCGCCGGCGCCACCUCCUCCUCCUCCUCCUCCGCCGCCUCCUCCGACAUCCCCAAGUCCUUCACCAACGUCAACAUCUUCGUCGCCAAGUCCUCCACCACCGGCGCCGCCGCCGUCGGCUGCAGGUAG